AUAUUGCAAAUAUGCAUGACGAAAGUACAGAUGUAACAAAUGGAUGUGGCAAAAUCCGAACUGGUACUCAGAAUGAGGCUGCCUUACUAGCUUUGAUGGAAAAGACUGGCUACAGCAUGGUUCAAGAAAAUGGACAAAGAAAAUUUGGUGGUCCUCCACCAGGUUGGGAAGGUCCUCCCCCACCUCGUGGCUGUGAAGUUUUUGUGGGAAAGAUUCCUCGUGAUAUGUAUGAAGAUGAAUUAGUCCCUGUUUUUGAGAGAGCUGGGAAGAUUUAUGAAUUCAGAUUGAUGAUGGAAUUUAGUGGCGAGAAUCGAGGAUAUGCCUUUGUGAUGUACACAACUAAAGAAGAAGCCCAGCUGGCCAUAAGGAUCCUUAAUAAUUAUGAAAUUCGUCCAGGAAAAUUUAUUGGUGUCUGUGUAAGCUUAGACAACUGCAGAUUAUUUAUUGGAGCUAUUCCAAAAGAGAAAAAGAAAGAAGAAAUCUUGGAUGAAAUGAAGAAAGUAACAGAAGGAGUGGUUGAUGUUAUUGUUUAUCCAAGUGCUACUGAUAAAACUAAAAACCGUGGCUUUGCCUUUGUAGAAUAUGAGUCUCACAGAGCUGCUGCUAUGGCUAGAAGAAAACUAAUUCCAGGAACGUUCCAGCUAUGGGGACAUACUAUUCAAGUAGACUGGGCAGACCCAGAGAAAGAAGUUGAUGAAGAAACAAUGCAGAGGGUUAAAGUGUUGUAUGUAAGAAACUUAAUGAUCUCUACUACAGAGGAUGCAAUUAAGGCUGAAUUUAACAAAUUUAAGCCAGGAGCAGUUGAACGUGUAAAGAAACUGAGAGACUAUGCUUUUGUUCAUUUUUUCAACCGAGAGGAUGCAGUUGCAGCUAUGUCAAUUAUGAAUGGAAAAUGCAUUGAUGGUGCUAGUAUUGAGGUAACACUGGCAAAACCUGUAAACAAAGAAAGCACUUGGAGACAGCAUCUUAAUGGUCAAAUUAGUCCCAAUUCUGAAAAUAUUCUAGUUUUUGCUAACAAGGAAGAUGGUCAUCAAAAAUCGUUAGGAAAACCAGCAAAUCUUUCAAUUCGUCUUAAUGGUCAGCACAGUCCAAGCCCCCCUGAAAUUGAAAGGUGUACUUACCCAUUUUUUCCAGGGACAAAGCUUACUCCAAUUAGCAUGUAUUCUUUAAAAUCCAAUCAUUUCAGUUCUGCAGUAAUGCAUUUGGAUUAUUACUGCAACAAAAAUAACUGGGCACCACCGGAAUAUUAUUUAUAUUCAACAACAAGUCAGGAUGGAAAAGUACUCUUGGUAUAUAAAAUAGUUAUUCCUACUAUUGCAAAUGGAUCCCAGAGUUAUUUUAUGCCAGACAAACUCUGCACAACAUUAGAAGAUGCAAAGGAAUUGGCAGCCCAGUUUACAUUGCUACAUUUAGACUACAGUUUUCGUCGCAGCUCAGUAAAUAGCAUUUCCCCUGUUAGUGCCACUCUCUCUUCUGGGACACCCAGCGUGCUUCCAUUCACAUCAAGGCCUUAUUUUUAUCCAAGCUACCCCUUAUCACCAACAAUUCUGCUUGCUAAUGGCAGCCAUGUUGGACAGCGAGUAUAUAUCUCUAAUGAGGCCUCAUUCUUUUGAAGAAAAAGUUGUACAGCAUUAAUAUGAAAGUUUUCAAUUUUAGUUUUUAAUUGGGUCUACACUAUUCAUUUUCAUGAGUAAAAUAUAUUUACUUCCAUAUAGGGAACUUUUCACAUUUCAGUAAAUAUAAGUAUUUUACUAAGCAUUUGUCAAAAGAUAAAGUUCAAAAAAGUUUCUUUUCUUGGCCUGUGUACUGUAGAUUGAUGCUCUUUUAUCUGUUUAUGGUUCCUGGUCAAAGUGUGG